AUGGUUAUGUUUUCGCUUUUCCUUCUUGUCCUUGUCUGGCUUGGCGUGAUCUCGACUGCUAGUCCCGUCCUCGGCCGUCCUGGCCUACUUUACCUCAAUGGCACGAACGUUGUUCGUGACAGCACUCCGUCCCCAGGGCUUGGUGCCGAAGUGGUAUCACCGGAAGUGGGAAACGCCACAACGGUGACGACGCCUGUUUCGUCUGACGCGACGACAUUGACUGCUGUGUCGUCUCGUCAAGAUGUAUCGCCAGCUGCAAUGGAGCACCACUCUCCCAUCGACCCAAGUUCUACUGUACAAAAGACGAACUCGUCACGGGCAGUGGUAUGCUACAUCCACGACGUUCCAACACCUUGUUCGACACUUUCGGGCCUGACCUCAGCUGAGACUACUCCUCUCCGAACUAAGCUGACGCACGCCUUGACUUUGCCUGCGACAACAGCUUCUGAAGUUCCGUCGUCAGCCGCUGUAUCACCGCCCGCAGGCGACACCAGCGCCACUGCUUCACCUCCGAGCUUUACUCUGUCGCAGAAUGCAUCGACAUCUGCGGUGAUCUCGCCGGCAUUCAUCGCCCAGGAGAGACCGGCUGCCUGGCCUGCCCAUAACAACACAGUCUAUGCGAUGUGCCGUGUCCAUGGUACUGCAGUGCCCUGCUCAGCGGUCGAGAGAGUUCAGACGGUCUCCGCAUCGGAUUCCUCACGAGCAUACGCCGGCUGGAGCUCAUCACGGACCUCGCUAGCUGCGUUCUUCUCCUCUACUCCAUCAUUUCCCUCCAUCAUCCCGCCAUUCCGAAAUGCCUCAGCACCAACCGCCAUCCAAAACAACACCGUAUCCGAGCCCACCGCCUCCGCCACGCGGACAAUCUCAAUCCACGGCGCUUUCUUCGAGCACGACGCCACAAAACGCAGUGCCUCGACCCUCCUCACCGUAGCCCACGCCAAAGAAAUCCGCACAACCACAGCAACAUCCUCCGCGUCUCCAAGCUUCGAACCCGAAUCCACCAACGUCUUCGAGUGCGGCGGCCAGGCUUUCAGCCCCUACCAGUACACUUGCUGGGACGACACGACGCUCUGCCCCGUCACUGAUGGCAAGCGCCUCGAGGCGUGCAAUGGCGGCUGCUUUGACCCGGAGGCUUAUGCUUGUACCGAUGGUGUGCUUGAAGGCAUCCACGACGGAAAGUUGCCCAAUGGCGCUGCUGCUACGGCCACACCGAUACCCGCGAGCGUGUGGCCGAGUUCUGCGGCGACUAUCGCGCCCUCCAGCACCAGUGAUUCCAGCAGUAGUACAACCGCCAAGUCCUCCAGCACGGCAUCCGGCACAUCCGCCGCUACGACCACCGCGGCUGUAGCACCCACAGCCGUCCCUCCCGAUGAUUCCAAAGAAGAUGACGACGACCUCUCAUCCGGCCAGAUCGCAGCUAUAGCAACCAGCACCACCUCAGCGGCCCUGCUCCUCUUCCUCAUCAGCAUUUUGCUGUUUAGGCGGCGCAACGCCCGUCUCCGCAAAGCCACCGAUGAGGUUGUAUAUCCCGAGAUCGCAUACUUAUAUGAUCCGCCUGUGCCGACGAAGUUUGGUGGCGCUGUUGUGAAUGGCCGUGGUGCCCGUAGUAGUGGUUCUUCAGCUCAUGGGGAUACACCGCUCCUGCCACCACUGCCACAAAUGCCGUCGUUGUUGCCGCUGCAGGGAGUUAGUGGCGGUGAAGGUGUGGAUAGGAGCCCUGGAGCUGGCGCAGGUGUUGUUAGUAUGGGAACAAUGAGAAACGCGCAGACGCAGACGCAGCCACAACGCCGCCAACUGGAUAUCCUAAACGAGGAGGACGAGGACGAAGCCGCCGCUGCGGAAAACCAGCCCCAGUCUCAGCCCCAAACUCGGCCCCCGCCGGCCGCAGCAACAGCAGCCCCCAAGUCUCCCGCUCCUCCAAGCGUAACCCUCACUACUUCCUCCACUCCGGACUCCCCCGCCGUCACGGCCGCUCGCCCACUUCUCUCCUUCUCGGCUCACGCACUCAAGAGGAAAACUGGAAGUCUUGCACUGACGACGACGCUACCGCCUUUUCCACCUGAAGGUGUGCUGUACCACACACCUACGCACAGCGGGAGCAGCAGCAACAGUGGUAAUGGAAAUGGCAGCGGUGGACUUAGUGACGGAAAAGGAAAAGGAAAGGGCAAAAGAGGAGGCGGUAGUGGUGGCAGUGAAGAGCACUGGGACACCAUCGACCUGCAAGACCACGGCCAGAUCCUCACGCCCGUACACUCGCCACAGUGCCCCUGUCCCUACUGCAUCACUCACAACCCGGCACGUCCUUCGACUUCGUCUUCUUGUGCCAGUGGUAGCAGCUGCGCGAGCAGUUGUGCGUCUAAUGACGGGUGGGGAGGCCCGCGCUCGCACCGCCCCAGCAUCAUCAGCAGUAGGGGUAGCAAGACACCCUGGUGGUGUCCCGGAACACACAUCCCGACAUCGUCCGAGCAGUUGGAGGAAGCAGAGCGCUCGCGCGGACGACUGACCGUGCGGAACGGAGCUGCUACGCCUGCGAGCGGAAGGAGUAGGAGUGGGGGCGGGAAGAGUGGGAGGAGUGCGCGGAGCAGUGAGUUAGAAUUUGCGGAUCGGAGGUUGUUGGGACGAGAGUUUUAG